GAGCAAAUACCAAACUGAUCAUUUUUUUUUAACUCAAAUAGAAAGUAUAUAGAGAGAGAAAGUCAUCAACAUAGGUUAGAACUCUGAAUUUCUUGUUUAUUUUUACUAGUAAUUAUUAUUUUUGUUAAUUAUGUAGCUUUCCUUUUUUUGUUUACUACUUAAAAGUUUCCAUAUUGAUGGAUAAUGUUGCUUGCUUGUUCUCCUUUUAUCAUUAUUAGGUGUUCAAUUCUGAAUUUGCUUGUCUUCUGAAUUUUCCAUUUUGAACUUUUUUUGCCCGUAUUAUUUGGGUUUUUAAUGGAUAUUAAUGUUAUAUUGAUGAUAAUAUUGCUCAUUCUUUUUUUUUUCUUUUUUUUUAAUGUUGGGUGUUCAAUUCUGAAUUUGCUUUGUUUAUGUGUAGUUUCUUGAGGGGUUCUUGAAAAUUUUCCAGUUUCAACUGUUUUUGCUCUCUUCUUGAUCAUUUCCCUGCCUAUUGUAAUGGAUUUUUUUCAUUCUUGUUUUCGUGGUGAUCACCCCCCCACCCCCACCCAAACAAAGAACAUGCAUAUUUCAGUAUUAAACUAGAAUUUGUUUGUUCUUUUUGAACUGAUUGUUGUUUUUACUGAGCGAAGGGUCUAUUGGAAACAACCCCUCUACGUGUGAUGUAGGGGUAUGAUGUGCGUACGCUCUACUUUCCCCAGACUCCACUGAGUUGAUUUCUCAUAUGAUCUUUAAACUAAUAGUUAUCAUCUCAGACAGUUAAAUUCUUUGUUGAAGAAAGGUAGUUUUCUGGGAUAAUAAUUGCUAGUUGAGUGACUAUUUGAGAAAUCAAUCCGUUGUUUUGAUGGUUUUCCAAUUAGGUGUAUAUGGCAAUUAUAGCAAAAAGACCAAACUGUGAUGCAUACGAUAUCCAAUUGGAGAUUUUGAAGGUCUUUUUCAAGUCAAGAAUUAGUCAAUGGGCUAACUUUGGGUGCAGUUUUAGUUGUGAUUUGAAGUUGAUGAAAGUUACCUCUAAAAAUGAACAGGCUGAUUUCUUCAUUAAUGAAAUUUACAGACUAGAAAUAUUUACAUAAAGAGUUAUCAUCAUUAAUAUCUAAUUUUGUUCAAACACUCUCCGAUAUAUCUGGUAGGUUGUUUGAGUGGGCUGAUUGAAUUGUUGACACUUUUUUCUCAGCUAUCUGUAUUUACCAUUGCCCUUAAAUUAUACAGUUAUCUAUUUUAGAUUAUGAAGUUGAUGAAAGUUGCCUAUGAAAAUGGACAGGUUCAUUUCCUUCUUGGUGAAAUUUCCAUGCCUGGCAAUCUUUCCAUUUAGAGUUAUCAUCAUUAGUUUGUAAUUUUGUUCAAACACUUUCUGAUAUACCUGGUAAAUUAAUUGAGAGGGCUUAUUGAAAUGAGUUCGAGCUUUUGGUUAUUUCCUUUACAUGGCACAUAUGAACAUGUUUUCGUGAUCAAGAAUUGUUCAGCUUGUUCAGCUUUGUGUCUUCAUUGACACUUUUUCUCGGCUCUUCUGUAUUUACCAUUACUCUUAAGUUUUACAGUAAUCUAUUUUAGAUAAUGAAGCAGAUUUGAUAUGUCAGCCCGGAUUAUGUUUCUUUUUUUAAAAAAAAUGGAGGGCAAUUAAAAGCUGUAUCUGAUAAAUCUAUUGAAUGAUCUUUUGGAUUUUUCUUCUCUUUUAUGUUUGUCGUUAUGUAGAAAGUUGUUGCGGAAUUUAAGUCGUGGUUAUGUUAUAUCUGUCAUUGCUUGUGCCUUCUUCUCACUAACUAUCUGUCUCUGAUUUAACAUAGAAGUAGAUCGGAGCGCUAGCUUUUCCAGCUUUGAUCUAUUUCAUCGUCUACCAUGCAUCCUCUGGCUCCGUCAACGCCGCCUCCAGGUUUUACGAAUUCCUAUUGGACUAAUGAUGAAAUCAUUUUGUCCCUUGACCAGAUUAACCGUGGAUCACCCAUCCCUGAAGAUUUGAUUGUCGAUAAUCCCUAUCAGUAUGAUACUUCAAAUUUGCCAGAUGGAGCAUGGUUUCUUGUAAAAACAACUGAGGAAAAAGAGACCAAACAGGGACGCUGGAGAGCAAAAGGUUCAGCCUGUGAAAUAUUUGCAAAUUCUGCCAUCAGUGGUUGGAGAACCACUUUUGAAUUUUCUCAAGUCCAAGCCCCUAUCGAACAGAAAACUGUCUGGAUGAUGCAGGAGUAUAAAGUAACACCGAAAGGGCAGCAUGGUCAGACCAAUUCACAGGAGUCUGCACUUUGUAGAGUUUUCAGUUGCUGUAGUGAGGCGAAACCAGAGAAAAACUAUGAUUUUGACACCAAAGGUGAACUUCAGGUGAACAACCAGACAGAAGGGGUUGGGUCAUCACUUGUUGACAAACCUAGAGAUCACUCUGAUGAUAUAGCAGCCGACUUAGAUUGCAUUUUAAGAGGAGACUACCUGGAAUUGGACGACCUUGCAUCACAUUCGUCUAGUUCAGAGAACUCAAGUCGCCUUAGCUUUGCAUCUGAAGAAUAUUUUGACUCUCUGGCGCUUCUACGGGAUCUGGAUGAUGAUGCGAAGAAAAAGGAUCUGAAUGGAAACGGCUCAACUGAUAAUUAUAACGUAAUGAUGUGUGUAUUAGCAAAUGAUGCGGCUGUGCAGCUUGCACCUUUAGAGUCUCUUGUUAAAGGGAGUGAAGCUACUGCAGUCAAAGAAACUCCACAAGCUCCUGAUAAUAACAAAACCAAAUCUUUCAGUGAACAAUUCCCAGAUCACUCUGCUAAGAGGCUGAAGGCUGAGCGUACAGAUGAAGGUCCAUCACAUUCUUGUAGAGCAACGACAUCUUCCAGCAGCAGCAGCAGCGGUGAUGAGCCUGGACGUGUAGCAAGAAGGGAGGAGAAAAGAGCGAAGAAGUUUACGAAGUACCUCUGUUUUAUGCCUUUCUAGGUCCUUGCUAUUUCAACUCUCUCAAGUAUAGUUGACAAAAACAUGCAAGCAGCCUAUAAAUUAGAGGGGUGGUUGUGUUGGUGGAUAGAUAGUUUAAGUUAAUGAAUAUUUGAUAUUUGUGCAUUAGGCUAAAUUUUAAACUUCAUGCAAGUUUAAGAUUUAGAAUAGUAAAGUAAUGUAAGAUUUAGAAUAGUUUAAGAUUUGAAGGGGAGUCUUGGAGUAACCGGUAAAGUUGUUGCCAUGUGAUCAGGAGGUCACGGAUUCAAGCCUUGGAAACAACCUCUAGCAGAAAUGCAAGGUAAGGUUGCGUACGAUACACUCUUGUGGUUGGCCCCUUCCUCGGUACACACUUGUGGUGGGGCCAUAGUGGUAUCUUCAGUGCACCGGGCUGCCUUUUUUCUUUUGUUUUUUUUUUUAAAAGUAAUUCUGCAGAAAAGAGUCUUAAGAACUUAUGUUCUCUUUAAUACAGUUGUAAAAUUAGAAGUCUCAUUGUAAUAUUAAGAGAGAAACAUGUGUACUUUUUAUAUUUUUAUAACUCUUCAAGUGAUUAAUACUUUUUUCUGA